AUGCAAUCUGCUGGUGGUGGUGGUGGACCCAGCCGGGUGGGACCGGCUGGUCGGGCGGCGUCCACGUCAUCAGCAGCAUCGCCAUCUUCUUCCUCCUCUGCAGUAUCGACACCACAGUUAGGGUUCGACUCAGUACAGCAGCAACAGCAACAGCAACAGCAGCAACAACAGCAGCAGCAAUUAGGGUCUAGGCAGGCAUUGCAACACCAAUUACUUAGAAAACCUGAAGGAAGUGAAGCUCUUCUAGCCUAUCAAGCUGCUCUUCAAGGAGUUAUGGGAGGAAGCAAUUUUGCUUCCUCUCCAGGCUCAAUGCAAAUGCCUCAACAAUCCAGGAAAUUCUUUGAUUUGGCUCAGCAGCAUGGCUCCUCCCAGGAUGGACAGAAUAGGAAUCAGUCUGCUGAGCAACAAUUGCUGAAUCCCGUUCAGCAGGCAUAUCUUCAGUUUGCUUUUCAGCAACAAAAGUCUGCUUUGGCAAUGCAGUCACAACAAGCUGCUAAAAUGGGAAUUUUGGGUUCUGCCACCAGCAAGGAUCAGGACAUGCGAGUGGGGAAUUUGAAAAUGCAGGAACUUAUGUCCAUGCAGGCAGCUAAUCAUGCUCAGGCAUCAUCCUCCAGAAACUCAUCUGAGAACUUUUCGCGUAGUGAAAAGCAGGUGGAGCAAGCUCCACAGCUAGCAUCUGAACAGAGAAAUGAGCAAAAGCCUCCGACACAAACUCCUGUUAUUGGACAAGUAAUGCCUGGUAAUGUCAUAAGGCCCAUGCAAGCACCACAGGCUCCACAAAGCGUCCAAACUAUGGCAAACAACCAGCUCGCAAUGGCUGCCCAGUUGCAAGCUAUGCAUGCAUGGGCACUUGAGCGCAACAUUGAUCUGUCACAACCUGGAAAUGCAAACUUCAUGUCGCAGCUCAUUCCACUCAUGCAGUCAAGGAUGGCUGCGCAGCAAAAGGCCAAUGAAAGCAGUGCUGGUCUACAGGCAUCGUCUGUUCCUGUGUCUGUGUCAAAGCAUCAAGUUGCUUCUCCACCUGUUGCCAGUGAGAGUUCUCCACAUGCUAAUUCCUCCAGUGAUGCAUCUGGGCAGUCUGGCCCUCCUAAGGCAAGACAGGGUGUUCCAUCUGGCCCCUUUGGCCCAAAUCCCAAUGCAGGGAUGGUCAGCAGUGCUAACAACCCUGCAGGGCAACAGCUUGCUUUUCACAGUAGAGAGAACCAAGUGCCUGCUAGAACUGGGCCUGUGCUUGGAAAUGGAAUGCCUCCUAUGCAUCCCCCUCAGUCAUCUGCAAACAUGAGCCAAGGUGCUGAUCAGACUUUGCCUGCAAAAAAUUCAUUUAGUAGUCCAGAAACUUUACAAAUGCAGCAUCUUAAGCAAGUGAAUCGAUCUUCUCCUCAGUCUGCUGGUCCUUCUAAUGAAGGAGGAUCAAACAAUCACUUUCCACCACAAGGAGGGCCUUCUGUCCAAAUGGCACAACAGCGGGUUGGGUUCACUAAACAGCAAUUGCAUGUUCUUAAAGCGCAAAUACUAGCAUUUAGGCGACUGAAGAAAGGAGAAGGUACACUUCCCCAAGAGCUUCUUCGAGCUAUUGCUCCGCCGCCCCUUGAAUUGCAGUUGCAGCAGCAACUUCUUCCUGCAGGAGGAAGUAAUCAGGAUAGAUCUGGUGGGAAAAUUGCAGAGGACCAAGCAAGGCAUUUGGAAUCCAAUGAGAAGAACGCUCAGCCAAUGCCAUCUCUUAAUGUACAGAACAUUGCAAAAGAGGAAGCUUUUGCCACAGAUGAGAAAGCAGCUGUCUCAGCAAGUCAUAUGCAAGGUGCAGCUGCAGUGUUGAAGGAACCUACAACCUCAGUGGCUGCUGGAAAAGAAGAGCAGCAAACUGCUGUGUUUUCUGUUAAGUCAGACCAGGAGGUGGAACGAAGUCUUCAGAAAACUCCUGUUAGAAGUGAUCCUAUGUCAGACAGGGGAAAAGCAGUUGCUCCACAGUUUCCUGUGUCUGAUGCAAUGCAAGCUAAGAAACCUGCACAAGCAACCACUCCAGCGCAGCCAAAAGAUGUUGGCUCUGCCAGAAAGUAUCAUGGGCCGUUAUUUGAUUUUCCUUUUUUUACUAGGAAGCAUGACUCUGUUGGGUCAUCAGCGAUGAUUAACACUAAUAAUAAUCUAACAUUGGCAUAUGAUGUCAAAGAUAUUCUUUUUGAGGAAGGCAUGGAAGUGCUUAACAAGAAGAGAUCCGAAAACCUGAAGAAAAUUAAUGGUUUACUAACUGUAAAUUUAGAGAGGAAAAGGAUUAGACCAGAUCUUGUGUUACGGUUACAAAUUGAAGAAAAAAAGCUUAGGCUUCUAGAUCUUCAGGCGCGCUUAAGGGAUGAAGUAGAUCAACAGCAGCAGGAGAUAAUGGCGAUGCCUGAUAGGCCAUAUCGGAAGUUUGUUCGCUUAUGUGAGCGUCAACGGAUGGAACAAGCAAGACAAGUGCAGGCCUCUCAAAAAGCCAUGAGAGAUAAACAAUUGAAGUCCAUCUUCCAGUGGCGUAAGAAACUUCUUGAGGCUCAUUGGGCGAUCCGUGAUGCACGAACUGCCCGCAACAGAGGAGUUGCCAAAUACCAUGAGAGAAUGUUGAGAGAGUUUUCUAAGAGAAAGGAUGAUGAUCGGAAUAAAAGGAUGGAGGCAUUAAAGAACAAUGAUGUAGAAAGGUAUAGGGAAAUGUUGCUGGAGCAGCAGACUAGCAUUCCAGGUGAUGCUGCUGAGAGAUAUAGUGUUCUAUCAUCAUUCUUGACUCAGACAGAAGAAUAUCUUCACAAACUGGGAAGUAAAAUAACAUCAGCCAAGAAUCAGCAGGAAGUAGAGGAGGCAGCAAAUGCUGCAGCAGCAGCUGCACGACUGCAGGGUUUGUCAGAAGAAGAAGUAAGGGCAGCAGCAGCUUGUGCUGGAGAGGAAGUAAUGAUAAGAAACAGGUUUAUGGAAAUGAAUGCUCCUAGGGACAGUUCAUCAGUUAGCAAGUAUUACCAUCUUGCUCAUGCUGUGAAUGAGAGGGUCGUAAGGCAGCCCUCCAUGUUACGAGCUGGAACUUUACGAGACUAUCAGCUUGUAGGGUUGCAGUGGAUGCUUUCCUUGUAUAACAAUAAAUUAAAUGGAAUCCUCGCAGAUGAGAUGGGUCUCGGAAAGACUGUGCAGGUGAUGGCAUUGAUUGCUUAUCUGAUGGAAUUUAAAGGAAACUAUGGCCCGCAUCUUAUAAUUGUUCCUAAUGCUGUUUUAGUAAACUGGAAGAGUGAGUUUCAUAACUGGCUGCCAUCUGUAUCAUGCAUUUUUUAUGUUGGUGGAAAAGAUCAGCGGUCAAAAUUAUUUUCUCAAGAGGUUUGUGCCAUGAAAUUUAAUGUUCUUGUCACAACUUAUGAAUUUAUCAUGUACGAUCGAUCGAAACUUUCUAAAGUGGAAUGGAAGUAUAUCAUAAUUGAUGAAGCUCAGAGAAUGAAGGACAGGGAAUCAGUUUUAGCCCGUGAUCUUGACAGAUAUCGCUGCCACAGGCGCUUGCUUCUUACUGGGACACCAUUGCAGAAUGAUUUGAAGGAGCUUUGGUCGCUUCUGAAUCUACUUUUGCCUGAGGUUUUUGAUAACCGGAAAGCUUUUCAUGAUUGGUUCUCCAAACCUUUUCAAAAGGAAGGUCCCACACAUGAUGCAGAGGAUGACUGGCUUGAAACUGAAAAGAAGGUCAUCAUCAUUCACCGGCUUCAUCAGAUUUUGGAGCCUUUUAUGCUCAGGCGUCGUGUUGAAGAUGUAGAAGGUUCUCUUCCACCAAAGCUUUCCAUUGUUUUGAGAUGUAGAAUGUCUGCUAUCCAAAGUGCCAUAUAUGAUUGGAUAAAAUCCACUGGUACUCUUCGAGUUGAUCCUGAAGAAGAGAAACGUAAGGCUCAAAAAAAACCAAUAUAUCAGCCUAAGGUGUACAGAACUUUAAAUAACAGAUGUAUGGAACUUCGGAAAGCUUGCAACCAUCCCUUGCUUAAUUACCCUUAUUUUAAUGACUUCUCCAAGGACUUCCUUGUCAGAUCUUGUGGGAAGUUGUGGAUUCUGGAUAGGAUCCUUAUAAAACUUCAAAGGACGGGGCAUCGAGUGCUACUCUUCAGUACCAUGACAAAACUCCUUGAUAUAUUGGAGGAAUACUUGCAAUGGAGACGGCUAGUAUACAGAAGGAUUGAUGGAACAACUAGCCUAGAAGAUCGUGAAUCAGCCAUUGUGGAUUUUAAUAGCUCUAAUUCGGACUGCUUUAUUUUCUUGCUUAGUAUUAGAGCAGCUGGAAGGGGUCUUAAUCUUCAGUCUGCUGACACAGUCAUCAUAUAUGAUCCCGAUCCAAACCCUAAAAAUGAGGAACAGGCAGUGGCUAGGGCCCAUCGAAUUGGACAGACAAGAGAAGUUAAAGUGAUUUAUAUGGAAGCAGUUGUUGACAAAAUUUCUAGCCAUCAGAAAGAAGAUGAAUUAAGAAGCGGAGGUACAAUUGAUCUAGAAGAUGACCUUGCAGGUAAGGAUCGAUAUAUGGGAUCUAUUGAAAGCCUCAUAAGAAAUAACAUUCAACAAUAUAAGAUUGACAUGGCGGAUGAGGUUAUCAAUGCUGGACGUUUUGACCAAAGAACAACACAUGAAGAAAGACGCAUGACCUUGGAGACAUUAUUACAUGAUGAAGAGCGGUAUCAAGAAACCUUACAUGAUGUUCCAUCACUGCAAGAGGUAAAUCGCAUGAUAGCAAGGAGUGAAGAUGAAGUUGACUUAUUUGAUCAAAUGGAUGAAGAGCUGGACUGGACUGAGGAGAUGACAAGCUAUGACCAAGUACCCAAGUGGCUUCGAGCAAGUACAAGAGAUGUGAAUGCUGCAGUUGCCAAAUUAUCAAAGAAACCAUCAAAGAACAUCUUGUUUGCUAGUGGUAUGGAAUCUAGUGAAAUGGAAACUGAAAGAAGAAGGGGACGACCCAAGGGGAAAAAAUCUCCUAAUUACAAGGAAAUUGAUGAUGACAAUGGGGACUACUCCGAGGCAAGCUCUGAUGAGAGAAAUGGAUAUUCAGCACAUGAAGAGGAGGGAGAAAUUCAAGAAUUUGAAGACGACGAGUCUAUUGGUGCUGUUGGGGCACCUCCCAUCAAUAAAGACCAAUCAGAAGAUGAUGGUCCAGCAUGUGAUGGUCGGUAUGACUAUCCCCAGGCUACAGAAAGCACUAGGAAUAAUCAUGUAGUAGAAGAAGGUGGUUCCUCUGGAUCUUCCUCUGAUAGCCGAAGAAUGACAAGAAUGGUGUCUCCUGUUUCUUCACAGAAAUUUGGGUCUCUGUCUGCAUUAGAUGCUAGACCAGGUUCUAUUUCUAAAAAAAUGCCAGAUGAACUGGAGGAAGGGGAAAUUGCAGUGUCUGGAGAUUCUCACAUGGAUCACCAGCAAUCUGGAAGUUGGAUACAUGAUCGUGAUGAAGGUGAAGAUGAACAAGUUCUGCAACCUAAGAUUAAACGAAAACGCAGUAUUCGGCUGCGACCUCGCCAUACCUUGGAGAGGCCAGAGGACAAGCCAGGCACUGAGGCACAGCGUGGAGAUUUGUUGCCAUUCCAAGUGGACCAUAAGUAUCAAGCACAGUUGAGAUCUGAUGCUGAAAUGAAAACAUUUGGGGAGCCCACCACUUCUCGGCAUGAUCAGGUUGAUUCAUCAAAGAGCAGAAGAAACUUACCUGCAAGGAGAAUAGCUAAUACAUCAAAGUUGCAUGCCUCGCCAAAAUCUGGCAGAUUGAAUAUGCAGUCUGCUCCUGCAGAAGAUGCUGCUGACCACACUAGAGAGAAUUGGGAUGGCAAAGUUACAAAUACAAGUGGGAAUUCAAUCAUGGGCUCUAAGAUGUCAGAUGUCAUCCAAAGAAGGUGUAAGAAUGUAAUUAGCAAGCUUCAAAGGAGAAUAGAUAAGGAAGGCCAACAAAUUGUACCUCUCCUAACUGAUUUGUGGAAGAGGAUCGAAAAUUCUAGUUACAUGGGUGGUUCUGGAAAUAAUCUUUUGGAUUUGCGGAAGAUUGAAAUUCGUGUUGACAGAUUGGAGUACAAUGGGGUAAUGGAGGUUGUGUUUGAUGUGCAAUUUAUGUUAAAAGGUGCAAUGCAGUUCUAUGGGUUCUCACAUGAGGUUAGAUCUGAAGCAAGGAAAGUGCAUGAUCUCUUUUUUGACAUCUUGAAGAUUGCAUUUCCUGACACAGAUUUCCGAGAAGCCAGAAAUGCACUUUCCUUUUCUGGCUCCGGUUCUGCUCCAUCUCCAAGACCAGCAGCUGUAGGUCAAAACAAGAGACACAGGUUGAUGAAUGAGGAACCGGACAGUAUUCCUACCCAUAAGCCAACCCAACGAGGAUCGAUUCCUAUAGGUAAUGACACCAACACCAGAGUCAAAGUCCACUUGCCAAAGGAAACAAGGCAUGCAAGUGGAAGUGGUAGUAGCCGGGAACAAUAUCAGCAGGACGGUUCUCCUUUGCAUCCAGGGGAAUUGGUUAUCUGCAAGAAGAAGAGGAAAGACCGAGACAAGUCAGUAGUGAAGUCGAGGACUGGAUCAAGUGGCCCCGUUUCUCCCCCUAGCAUGGGUCGUAAUAUGAUGAAUCCAAUUCCAGGUUCAGUUGCUAAGGUGAAUCGGGAAAAUUCCCAUCAGCAAGGGUGGGGCAACCAACCUCAAUCGGCAAAUAAUGGUGGUGGUAGCGGUGGAAGUGUUGGUUGGGCAAAUCCUGUAAAGAGGUUGAGGACAGAUGCUGGUAAAAGGAGGCCAAGCCAUUUAUGACUUUUCUUUAAAGGAUAGUGUAUAAUGGAAAAGAAAAAUUUGUCAGGCUGCAGAGUGUAUUAGUGGCCGUUUGUGGCCUGUAACAAGUGCAAUUAGCCCAUACUGUUAAUAUAGUGUAGGUCAUUGAUCCUCCAUUGUAUACUGCUUUUCGGAAAAUCCAAUAGUUUUCACCUCUGCGUCCUGCAGUUAUACUAUGCUCCUUUCUUCUCCA